GCUCGCACCACCUCAGGAGGCGUCAACCUGAACCAGGAAGUGUGCUGACAUAGUGAGUUCUUAGCAGGUAUGAUCUCUGAGACUAUGACGUUCUCUGAGAUUUGGGAAGUCUGGAGGAGGUCUUUUGAGUUUGAUGGACAACACGGACAACCAAUGAGGACUGUUGUGGGCGGGACCUGUUGAAGGAAAGGGGAAAGGUACAUUUCUGAAAAUGGAAUGUAUGCGCUCUUCUUCUCUGCUGUUUCUUCUUCAUGUGUUGCUGACGAGUGGUUCUUCAAAGGAUCUGCCCGCUUCACUUCUCUUAACCACUGACUGCCGGACCGUGUUUCUAACUAACCAGACUGUCCUGUUACCUCUUUUCUGUCAUGGGAACGUAGAAAUAGUUUGACUGAGAUCGAUGGUACAUUGUUCAAUAACACUGUUGUGUUUCUGUGUCUUAUAGGAUUUUUAAAUUAUUUUAUAACGUGGUGUUCUUACAGGAAGGCUGUUGGAAAUGACUGUUAGCUGGUUGCACCUUUGGUUAAGCUACUGUACCACUGUGGAGCCGACCCGUCCAGCCUCGCACCUUUUGUGCAACCGUCCGUCACAUUUAAUUUAAUUUCCAAACCUUUUGACAUGAAGUGAAAAUGUUAAACUUUAGGAGCAAAAUCUAUCUUCAGAGUUAUUUCCAUCAUCCCCGAGAUGUCUCAACUAUUAACACUUCAUUUUAAACCUUUCAGAAAUAUGUUGCUAAAAUUUCAUGCCAUGCAGCCUGAAAUAUUAGCUUGCUAACUAGCUAGCACAAUCAUUUAAGGAACACGUUCAUUUUAAGUGUUUUGUGCAAAUGCUAAUUUGCAAGCUUGGAAGUGAGCUAUCCUGAGAGUGUUGGGGGGCUGAGCUGAUAAUAUGGUUAGCCAUUUAAUUUAUAUUAAAGAGUAAUCAAGUACAACAUUUUGAUCAGAAUGAUUUCAUGUUUGACCGGCACAGAACCAAUAUAAUAAUUGUGAUGAUGGAGUGCUAAAGUUACAAAUGGGGCUCCCUCCAGCCACAGACCACGUGCUAAAAGCUAACAGACCAAUGUAAUGAUAACUUUGCUCCUGCUAAGCUAGUCUGUGUAGUACAGCAAUCUGGUAGAGGCUAAUUUUAGCUUUAGUAGUUUAGUGCCAAUCCGUAUGCUUUAAUGUCAAUAAAUGGAUGCUAACUUACUUCAUAAGCUCAUGCUGUUGUUAGCGCACUAUGCUAAUGCAAUAUUUUGUCAAACCAAGUAUUCCACUGCAAACCACACGCAACAAUUUGUUCAUUCAACACGUACAGCUCCAUUUAGACUUCAAUAGAUGUAUUAAGAAUUAUGGGAGCUGUAGUUCUUGAAUAACAAACUAACAAAAUAAUUGUUUUAUCUUUGUUGAACAGACGUAAGUAAUCAACCCCAUUAUUUAAUAUGUGCACAACGUCCCAUCAUGUUGAAACCUUUGGAAAGACAGAUGACUGAAUAUAAAGAGAUGUUGGCUCGCUGAACACACGCUGGAUAAAAAUUGGUGCUUCAGUUACAGUUUUUACAUUUGAUCCAAACAUAAAGAUAAUCCUGUUAGCUUAUCAGCAAAUGGCCAAAUUGAAGAGAUUGUAGUUUACUGAGAGUUUGGACCAAUAGAACAGAACAUUUAGCUGCUCGAUGUCAGAGUUUCACUCUGUAUCGUAGUGAAUCCUGUUUCUUGCGUUGACAAUUCCCCUGUUGUGUAAUACGUUGCUUUAUACCAAAAAAUGUGAAAUGAUUUACUUCACCGUGGUGCAGUCAUCUCAUCGAUGUGCUGUUGUAAAUUGCUAUCUAGUGAGUGAGUUAUUUUGGUGUAUCAAAGUAAUAAUAACUUUAUUUUUAUACGGUUUUUACAUGUUUUCGAUGUGUUUAGCGGUUAUCAGCCAUUUGUUGACUACAUGAAAGGUACAAACCUCGUCUCUAAACCAUCGACUCUCAUCAGGAGCUGGACUGAAUUCAUUCUUUACUUUGUGGAUUUAUCAGAGCCAGAGAACACACUUCACUGUUUUCACCCUUUCAUUCAUGAAUUCUGAAAUCACAAAGUUAAAUUAUUUGUUUAAAAUCUUAACCAGUGGAAACGUAUGCCCGUAAUGAGUUGUGUAUUGACACCGUGCGUCAGUAGUAUUAAAAGGGAUUCAAGAAUAUCUGUGAAGAUCUUGUUCAUUCUCUGACAAGCAGACGGGGAAAAAACUAAAACAAUAUUUUUAGCCUGAAUAAGACAUUAGGAAUACUCCCUCUCUUAUUUGACAAUUGUUUUCUUGUUUAUCCUCGGUGCAUAACAUUCUCUGGAGUGGAUGUUCAAUCACACAGUAAAAAAAUAGUGAACUCUGAAUAAAGCAUUAAUAGUUUGUGUAACUGGACGGAGCGUUGUUGAUCCACGGCUUCCUGAUAUCUGACAGCUGUGCACCAUGAAUGAACCGGUUAAUGAUGGGAGAGAUAUUUUAAACAUCAGAUAUUAACAGCUCACUGAUUUUUAAAUUCAGAUUGUUUUUACUUUGACACUUGAGUGAAGAAAAUGAUAAAUAAACAUUUUAGUGCUGGUUAACAGAAACAGAAGGUUCAGUCCAGUAUAAAACUCCAUGUUGGGGUGUCGACCUGUUUCAGAGAUCUGAGGUUUCUACAGUGAUGCCAGUGAUGAAGAACAUCAACACAUACGUCUAAUCCGCUCUGUGUAAAUGAGGUCACAUUGUACAGUUCAUGUUAAAGUGCUAUUAAACCCGAUGUGGGCAGUGACAUCACAGAACAUGGACCACAAACACGGAGACUUUGCUGCUAAAACUGGGAGCGUCGGGACCGCUGACGGACAAUAAACGAGAGAAUCUUAGAAGACUCUUCUUUUUCUAUGUACCAAAUUAUUUUGUAUUUAUUCCUCUUCUUGUGAUACAAUCAGGGGACGUUGGACCUGCGUCUCUUCGUCUACACGUCCAACAUGCCUGCUGGGAGCAUCAUCAACACAAUCUUCACUUCAGUCAGUUCAGUAUUUCAAACUCAAAGUGGUUAAACAGUGUCACAUGUUUCAGGUUGUUGGUGACGUUUGAACUGACGGAGCAGAGAGUGAGUUGAACCCGGCCUCCGUACCUACUGCAGCAGCGGCCUCAGGAUUAUGGUGGUGCGAGCUCCGUCUGAGGAUCUGCAGGACGAUCAAAAUGCUGAAAUGUAAAUCUCACAGUUACCUCUGCUGCCUGUGGCUCGGCUCUCUGCUGCUGCUCCCGGUUCUGAGCAGCGCCGCGCCCACAGAGAAUCAGUCCAUCUCAUGUAGCAUCUCAGUGUCUGAGCCAGCAUCUGGUCUGGACUCCAUAUCACUGACCGUUAACACACCUGGACACGACUGCUCCUUCACACUGACGGCUCUGGACGCCGGAGGAGACGGCGCCGAGUGUAGAAGAAGAAGAAGAGGAGACGAGGAGAUGGAGACUAAUGAGAUCGGAGGAAGGGAGCAAGGAGAGGAGCGGGAGGAGGCGAAGGUGGAGACAGGAGGAAACUAUCUGGGGACCAACCAGCUAGGAGUCGAGGACGGAGGGAACAAGGAGGGAGGAGACGUUUUCACCUGCGUGUUGGAUCAGCUGGAACCUGGAACCUGGUACCAGCUGCAGGUCCAGUCCCAGAGAGACGAGGAGACGGCGAACAUCACCGUCAACACCAAGCCGUCGGCGGUCAGCGGCCUGGCUGUGACCUCCAGGACCAGCACCAGCCUGGGUCUUUCCUGGCAGGCCGGCCCGGGCAGGACGCAGCGGUUCAGGCUGCAGCUGUGGGAUCGUUCAGAUCUGCUGGUCAACACGACGUUAGAGAGCACGGCAACACAACACAAACUCACCGACCUGUCGCCAGGACGACUGUACAACGUUACCGUGGUGACGGAGGCUGGCGGGCUGCAGAACAGUGAGACGAUCCAGGCUCGAACAGUUCCGGCGGCCGUCUCAAACGUCACCGCCGACUACAACAGCACAUGUCUGUCAUUGUCAUGGCAACAGCCAGAAGGCGACCUGGACUCGCUGGUCGUCACCAUCUCGGCCAAUGACACGAGCCGCCGUGAGACGACACUUCCUCCAAACGCCACAGAGGUCACCAUUGAUCAGCUGGCUCCCGGCUCAGCCUAUCAGGUCGUGGUGACGUCCAGGAGCGGCAAGCUGACCAACCAAUCAGAAGUCACCGUCAGGACAGCUCCGGCGGCGGCGUCCCUCCUCUCGCUGUCCUCUUCCUCCUCCGCAGGACUCUUCCUCUCCUGGACGCCUCCCGCAGGCCUCUGGGAGAGUUACAGGCUGUUUCUGUUCGACGGCUCACAGCAGUUAGUCAACACCACUCUGGACCGAGCGGCAGUGAACUACAGCUUCCCUGGGACGAGACUAACUCCUGGGAGGCUGUACAGAGCUGUGCUGAGGGUGGAGAGUGGAGGACUGACGGCUGAGAGCAGCUGUGACGGAGCAACAGCUCCGGCUCCGGUGUCGGACCUCCACAUUCGACACUCAGACGAGACGUCGCUCAGCGCCAUGUGGAGCCACGCCCCCUCUGGGUCACGUGACGACUACUUCCUAACCAUCCGCCACGGUAACGUCACCGUGGACACCAGGAAGGUGGAGUCGAACAUGAGGGAGUGCACCUUCAACGUGCUCACACCUGGGAGGCUUUACACCAUCACCGUGACGACCAGGAGCUGGAGUCUGAACGCCUCCGUGUCAGUGGAGGGGAGGACAGUUCCCAUGGCGCUGCGCACCAUCACUCUGAGGAGCUCUGGCGUCCGCAGCCUCCAGGCAUCAUGGGAAAAACCACCAGGAGACGUGGACUCGUACACGCUGACCCUGCUGCAGGACAGUGUCGUUGUUCAGAACCUCAGUGUUCCAGUUGGUUCUUCUUCUCUGGUUCUGUCUGGUUUGACUCCCGGCGCCCUCUACAGGCUGCAGGCCGCCACCGUCAGCGGGAGGCUGCAGUCGAAGUCCACCAGUCUGGACGGACGCACCGCCCCGGCGACGGUCACCGAGGUAACCGUUUCCAACAGCGGCAGGUCGGACGCUCUGCACGUGUCAUGGCGCCCGGCGGUGGGCGUGGUGGACAGCUACCUGGUCCGUCUUCAGGACGGGAGUCGAACCGUCCACACUCUGGCCGUGUCUCGGUCCUCGCCGCCCGAGUGCUCCUUCAGCUCGGUGGUCGCCGGGCGACUGUACUCGGUCGUCAUAGUGACGCGGAGCGGCAGCCUGGAGAACGCCACGACGCUUCACACGCGAACACAACCGGCGACGGUGCAGAACCCGGACGCUGUUCACACGGCAAGAGACGACUUCCUCAAGGUUUCCUGGCGUCACGCAGCCGGAGAUCUGGACCGUUACGUGGUUCUGAUCCGGUACAACAACAGCGUCCUGCAGAACAAGAGCGUCUCCGCCGGACACAACGAGUGCGACUUCUCGUCGCUGACGCCGGGGAGGCUCUACACCGUCACCGUGGAAACCUGGAGCGGAGACCUGGUCAGCAGCGUCUCCACCCACGGAAGCACCUUUCCAGCUGCUGUUGGGAAUCUGAGGCUUGACAGCGCAGGAACAGGUGAUCUGACCGUCACCUGGAGCCCCGCCCCCGGAGACGUGGAUCACUAUGUGGUCACUCUGCUUUUCAACGACACUCGAGUUUUCCCUCCGGAGACGUUGAGCAGCGAGGCGCGACGUUACCGGCUGACCUCUCUGACCCCGGGCCGGCUUUAUAAGAUCGUGGUGUCGACGUUCAGCGGAAAGAACCAGAAAGCUCAGUUCACCGAGGGACGGACAGUUCCCAGUGCAGUCGGGAACCUCCACCUGGUUCCUCGGCCGGGCCGGACGGACACUGUCGGUGGGCUGUUGGUCUCCUGGACGCCUGGAGAAGGAGACAUGGACAUGUACAUCAUCUCCUUGUCCACCACGGACGGCGCCGUCAUCGAGACUCGUCCUGUCCCCAAACACGUCUCUUCCCUGGACUUCGUGAACCUGGUCCCGGGCCACGCCUACACCGUCACCAUCCAAACGCUGAGUGGGAAACUGAACAACAGCAACGCAGCCACAGGCAGGACCGCUCCGGCCAGAGUCACAGCCCUGCAGGCGGAUAACGACCACACCACCCACAGUCUCACCGUCAGCUGGGAGAGGCCGGUGGGCGUGUACGACGGCUACAGCCUGCAGCUAUUGGACGAGGCCGGCGCCUUGGUGGCCAAUCGGUCGGUUUCUGUGGGGAGUCGAAGCGAGCGCCUGGAGGGCCUGACAUCAGGGAAGUGGUACCGCGUGAGGGUGGUGACGCUCAGCGGCGGCGUCCCGUCAGUGGAGGUCACAGCAGAAGGACAGACACGUCCGGCUGCAGUCAGUAAUCUGACCGUCACUUCAGCCAACACCUCCUCUCUCUCCUUCUCCUGGCGACCCUCGGACGGCCACGUCGACAUCUACGACCUGUCGCUCUACAGCGUCGCCGAGGCAACAGCCAAUCACAGACAGGACGCUGCAGGGAGCAGGAAGGAGCAUCACCAGACUGUAGGUGAGCUGGUGGACCUGCAGAAAGUCGGUCCGGCUGCAGACAGAUGUGUGUUCUCCGGCCUGAGAGCAGGAAGUCUGUACAGGCUGCAGGUGGUGAGCUGGAGCCGAGGCAUGAGCAGCGACUCGUCUGUUCUGUCCAGAACCGUCCCGUCUUCAGUUUCGUCUCUUCAGGUCCACAGUUCAGGCCGGACGGACAGACUGACGGUCAGCUGGCAGCACGGAGAGGGAAGCUGGAGCAGCUAUCAGGUGUUGCUGUACGACGUCUCUGGAAACACUCUGGGAGCGCAGACGCUCGGGGCGGAACACACGAGUCACAUGUUCACAGGGCUGACUCCUGGUAGGCUGUACCGCGCUGAGGUCAUCACACACAGCGGAGAACUGGCCAAUAACGUGUCGGCGUUCGGACGGACUGCUCCAGAGCCGCCCACCCACCUGUCCGUCAAACAGGGCCCGACCAAUGACACGAUAGAGCUGUCGUGGUGGCGUCCCGCCUCCGGGGACUACGACAACUUCAGCCUGCAGUGGACUCCUCCAGACCGCCUGUCCGUCACACAGAUGGACCUGACCAGCCGCAUCCUGGGGGGGAUGUUCCCGGGGCGAGUGUACAACUUCACCUUGGUGACCAUCAGUGGGGGCGGAGCCAGGGGCGGGCCUACAGUCAUGAGCCAGCCAAUCCAGAGGAACGUCAGGACAAGUCCGUCUCCUCUGAGGUCCAUUCACUGCUUCCCCCUCUCGUCCUCCUCCCUCUCCUGCUCCUGGUCGCCUCCCCUCUCCGACUACGACUCCUACGAGGUCGAGUGCCGACGCCACGACGACGGGGAGCUGACCUCGGCGCUGAGGCUGGCGGGAGGCGUCACCGCGGUGACGCUGGACCACCUGGAGGCGUACAGGAAGUACUCUGUGACGGUCAGAGUGUCGUCAGCCGGACAGACGAGUCCACCGGCGACACACACAACGGUCACCAUGAUAGACCGUCCUCCGGUGCCGCCGCCCAGCGUACGUGUCAGUGAGAGGUCAUCGAAGGUCACGCCGUCCUCCAUCUUGUUCCGCUUCAACUGCUCCUGGUUCAGCGACGCCAACGGAGCCAUCAGAUAUUUCACCGUGGUCGUCGCUGAGUCUGACGCCAAUGAGGUGCUGCAGCCGGAGCAGCGCCACCCUCUGCCCUCCUACCGCGACUACAUCAACAACUCGUCCAUCAGAGCGUAUCAGACCGCCUACUUCGCCAGCCGCUGUCCACAGGACGCCGACACCUCUGCCGGACAGGUGGUGGAGGUGAACCUGGGGGCAGGAGGGGAUAGGCUGGGCGGUACCUGCGAUCGGUACCAUGACGACGACCUCUACCUGAGUGACAGCUACGGAGGCUUCUGUGACGGGCCGCUGAAGGCCAAGACCUCCUACAGGCUGAGUGUUCGAGCUUUCACCAGACUGUUUGAUGAAAACCAUCGAGAGUUUCCUCAGCCGCUCUUCACAGACACGUACCUGUCCUCUCCACUCAGGACGCACACAGAGCCUCUCGGAGGCGUCGUGGAGGGUUUGAGUGCCGGGAUGUUCCUGAUCGGGAUGAUGGUGGCCGUCGUCUCUCUGCUGGUCUACAGACAGAGGUUACGCAAAGUGGCUGUGCAGGAGAACCCGGUGGUGAGGAUGAGUAUGUGGAAAGAAGUCCCAGCUUCAGGAUUAUAUAUGGGUGUCAGGAGCAACCGUCGGGUCACCAGUCCCAUCAAAUCCUGCCACUUCGAGUCGCACCUGACCAAACUGCAGGCCGACUCCAACUACCUGCUGUCUGAGGAGUUCGAGGAUCUGAAGGAUGUCGGCCGAAACCAGACGAUGGACGUCGCCCGCCUGCCGGAGAACCGAGGAAAGAACCGCUACAACAACAUCCUGCCAUACGACUCCACCAGACUGAAGCUGUCGUACCUGGAGGACGACCCGUGCUCCGACUACAUCAACGCCAGCUACAUACCUGGCAACAACUUCCGCAGGGAGUACAUCGCCACCCAGGGCCCGCUGCCCGGCACCAAGGACGAUUUCUGGCGGAUGGUGUGGGAGCACGGCGUCUACAACGUCGUCAUGGUGACACAGUGCGUGGAGAAGGGACGGGUGAAGUGUGAUCAGUACUGGCCUGCAGACCGGGAGCCGCUGUACUACGGUGACCUGGUCAUCCAGAUGCUGUCGGAGUCCGUCCUGCCUGAGUGGACCAUCAGAGAGUUCAAGAUCACCUCGGAGAGCAACGUCAGUUACCCUCGGGUGCUGCGUCACUUCCACUACACUGUGUGGCCCGAUCACGGAGUCCCAGAGAGCACCCAGUCCCUGAUCCAGUUUGUCAGGACGGUCCGGGACUACAUAGACCGAUCGCCGAGCACCGGAGCCACCGUCGUGCACUGCAGUGCUGGUGUCGGCCGUACAGGGACGUUCAUCGCCUUGGAUCGGGUUCUGCAGCAGCUGGACUCUAAAGGAACCAUCGACCUGUACGGCUGUGUGUUUGACCUCCGCCUGCACCGUCAACACAUGGUCCAGACUGAGUGUCAGUAUGCCUUCCUGCACCAGUGUGUGCGUGACGUCCUGAGAGCCAGGAAACAUCGCAGCGAGCAGGAGAACCCGCUCUACCCCAUCUACGAGAACUUUAACCCCGAGUACUGCCGCGACUUCAUCUACACUGGACGCUAAACAGACGAGAUCCGUCUGACCGAGAGGAGAAACUCGUCUACGUUAGCUCCGUCUCCAGAUUAAAUCUACGCAGAAAUACAACUGACUGAGAGACAACAACAAAAACAAAUCUCACUCAGUCAGUUCACGUCACGUCAGCAUAUCAGUGUUUUGAGUUUAUGGAAGUCCAACGCCGACAAUCCUACAGGAAGUGAACUGAAGGUUUCCCUCAAAGUUUAAAACGUCCCACAAAAUUCGGAGUUGAAGAAAAUGUUUGACGUCAUGAGCAUGAUUUAAAGUCCCGUUAACGUGGUUUCUGUUGUGAAGGGAAACGCGGGUUGAUCUCAGGUCGUUUGUGGUUUUAAAGGCGUGUUAGCUAACAGUGUUAGCAUGUCAGCUAUCUGACCACAGGGAGGAAAAGCCAUUUAUGUUUCUAUCAUUACUGUUCUCACUCUGCUCCAUAUAAGCUGUUUAUUUAAAGACUUACACAUAUUGCUGUAUGUAAAUAUUGAUGUAAUACUCUUGUUUUUAUAUGACAAUGAAUAUUUACUGUAUGUCAGUUAUUUUUUAAUCGUAUGCCUCAUUUAUAAAACACUUGAUUUAAGUAGCUGUGAGCUAUGCUAACCUGCUGGAUUCAGACUUUAAUUUACAUUUUAUUGUUUAUUUCUAAUAAAACAAACACGAACACUCAUGAACGUUCUCAACUUAAAACAUAAAUCAUUAUUUUAAAAUGCAUCAUAAACAACUGGAGUUCAGUGACAAUAUUAGAGACAUUUGUGGCAUUUUUUAAAACGUCUUAACAAAAUAAAUCAGUUUCUGUUUGACUCAACUGCUGGAGGAUUUUCAGGGUUUUUAAAUGAUUUCUGCUGAUAAAAGACGCGUGUGGAUCAAUACUGAGGACAUAAUGAUUAUUGGUUAUUAAUCACUAAAAAGGAACGCAGGGCUGGAAAACUAUUCAGUGAUAUUGAUCUUCUUAAAUUGGUUUUUAAAAGGUUUUUUUUUUCUUGAUGCAAUAAAAAGUCCAAGCUUGAUUAUCGUGUGUGAUUUAACAUGUCUGUCAUAUUGUGACAUUUAUUCAUAUCAGAAAUAUAAUUUGUGGAUAUUUUAUCGCCCCUCAGAGAAUGUAAAGCACUUUUUUAUAACAUGCUGUCAGAUCACUGUAAACUCAUUAAGUGCCAAUUAAAAAUAACUGCCAACCUUUGUGUGCA